CCAUUUUCUCUCUCUCUCUCACCGCCGCGUUUCAUACACCGCGAUUUCAGAUCCGCAAAAUUCAGUAACCGUUUUAGGGGGCGUCAGGUUACUGUAGAUGGGGAGAUCCAUCACUGUCUCAAGAAGAGAGACUAAUAACGCAGAAUCUCUCAACAACGGCGUCGAUAACAACGAUAAAGAGAAGGGAAUUGUAGGAUUUGAAUUGGAAGCACCGGCGGAUUCAGUCGAAAGAUUAUUCGAAGUAAAAGAAGUUCCAACAUGGAAGCAACAACUUACUGUGAGAGCUUUCGUUGUCGCUUUUCUUCUCGGUGUACUUUUCACCUUCAUUGUAAUGAAGCUGAAUUUGACGACUGGAAUUAUCCCCUCGCUCAACGUAUCGGCAGGACUGCUAGGGUUCUUCUUCGUUAAAACUUGGACAAAGCUUCUAGAGAAAUCUGGACUACUUCAACAGCCGUUUACUCGCCAGGAGAAUACGGUUAUCCAGACCUGCGUUGUCGCCACCGCCGGAAUCGCCUUUAGCGGGGGCUUUGGGAGUUAUCUUUUUGGUAUGAGUGACAUUAUUGCAAAACAGUCUAAUGAAGCUAAUGCUUCAACCAAUAUCAAGAACCCUGCGUUGGGAUGGAUGAUUGGAUUUCUUUUCAUUGUCAGUUUUCUUGGACUUUUUUCUGUCUUGCCUCUUCGAAAGAUAAUGAUAAUUGACUUCAAGCUUGUGUAUCCAAGUGGCACUGCUACUGCUCAUCUCAUUAACAGCUUCCACACUCCUCAGGGAGCCAAGCUAGCAAAGAAGCAAGUGGAAAUUCUUGGCAAGUUCUUCUCCUUUAGCUUCUUGUGGAGCUUCUUCCAGUGGUUCUUCACUGGAGGAGAUGAUUGUGGCUUUUCAUCUUUUCCUUCAUUUGGUCUCGAGGCCUAUAAAAACAAGUUUUUCUUCGACUUCUCAAGUACGUAUGUGGGUGUUGGAAUGAUUUGCCCACAUCUAGUCAAUGUAUCCUUGCUUCUUGGGGGUAUACUGUCUUGGGGCAUAAUGUGGCCUUUGAUAGAAGACAGGAAAGGCGACUGGUAUUCUGCCUCGCUUUCGCAGUCCAGCCUUCAUGGCAUCCAAGGUUACAGAGUGUUUAUAGCCAUUGCCAUGAUCCUAGGUGACGGCCUGUACAACUUUUUCAAGGUACUCGGCCACACUUCAUCUGGUCUCUAUCGUGAUUUCUUCGAUAAAAAAUCCCCUGUAAGCCGUGAAGGUGAAGAUGGAGGAGUAGGAGAGGCGGGUAAAUCAUACGAUGAACAACGUCGGACACAACUCUUUCUGAGGGACGACAUCCCGUCUUGUUUCCCAAUCGUCUUCUAUUGCGGUAUCGCAGUCAUCUCCACUGCCGUGCUCCCCCACAUCUUCCCACAGCUGAGGUGGUACUACAUUGCGGUUAUUUAUGUCGUUGCCCCUACCCUAGCCUUCUGUAACGCCUACGGUUGCGGGCUCACCGACUGGUCCCUAGCCUCCACCUACGGAAAACUUGCCAUAUUCACGAUAGGUGCAUGGGCAGGAGCAUCCCACGGUGGGGUCCUGGCUGGGCUGGCUGCUUGCGGAGUCAUGAUGAAUAUUGUCUCAACUGCUUCUGAUCUGAUGCAGGACUUUAAAACCGGUUAUAUGACUCUCGCCUCCCCUAGAUCCAUGUUUGUGAGCCAAGUUAUUGGAACCGCAAUGGGUUGUGUUAUCUCCCCUUGUGUCUUCUGGCUAUUUAUCAAUGCCUACGAUGAUAUCGGGAUCCCAAAUUCGGAAUACCCGGCACCCUAUGCAACGAUCUACAGGAACAUGUCGAUCUUGGGAGUGGAGGGGUUCUCUUCUUUGCCCAAGAACUGCCUUACUCUUUGUUACGUCUUCUUCGCCGGAGCUAUGGCUGUGAAUGCGUUGAGAGACUCUUUGGGGGCAAGGUUUGCCAAGUACAUUCCUCUUCCCAUGGCCAUGGCGAUACCUUUCUACAUUGGACCUUACUUUGCAAUUGACAUGUGUGUGGGGGGCCUUAUUCUGUUUAUAUGGCAGAAGCUGAACAGGGCCAAGGCAGAUGCAUUUGGACCUGCAGUGGCUUCUGGUUUGAUUUGCGGUGAUGGACUCUGGACUCUUCCCGGUUCUAUUCUGUCGCUGGUGGGCGUUAAGCCUCCCAUCUGCAUGAAGUUUCUUUCGAGGAAAACAAACCUUAGGGUCGACCAUUUCCUAUCAAGCUGAGUUAUAUGAUCAGUUCGAUUAUUAUUUAUUCUGGUAUGUGAUUCCAAUUCCAGGCACUUAUUGUAACAUACAUGUACAUGUUUAAGCAGUUGUAUUAUGUAUGUACAAUUUCUCCGCAUGACUUAUAACACUAUUUGUUUCUCGUGGAA